GGCGAACCCCCGUGUAAGAGUGAGGUGGAGGAGGACAUUCCAGUCCAUGUGACCACAGAAAAUCCCUGUGAGAAGCCUGACGGAAACAUCAUGUUAUCUCUAGAUUAUAAAGAAGAUGAAGAUACCAUGCAGCGCUCUUCAGGAGAAAACUUAAUUACCUGUAAUGUACAUCCAGAACUUCACAAUGCAUCAAAUAAUUCCCCCAAGAAUGAGGAACUUUCUAAUGACCAGUCACAGAUUAUUAACCCAAGUCCAAAUCUAUCAUAUAAUCAUCCUAAACAUGAGGAAUCUUCUCCUGACCAAUCACAGAUUAUUACCCCAAAUAUAGGGCAGAAACGGGGUAAAGGGUAUACAGGAGAGAAGCCGCAUUCAUGUUCAGAAUGUGGGAAAUGCUUUAACGGGAAAGCAUUACUUGUACAACAUCAAAGAAUUCACACAGGAGAGAAGCCAUAUGCAUGUUCAGAAUGUGAAAAAUGCUUUACUCUGAAACAAAGCCUUGAUCUACAUAAGAGAAUUCACACAGGAGAGAAGCCAUAUUCAUGUUCAGAGUGUGGGAAAUGCUUUUUCCAGAAAGCAAGCCUUGAUCUACAUAAGAAAAUUCACACAGGAGAGAAGCCAUAUUCAUGUUCAGAAUGUGAGAAAUGCUUUAAGACUAAAUCAAAACUUGAUGAACAUAAAAGAAUCCACACAGGAGAGAAGCCAUAUUCAUGUUCAGAGUGUGGUAAAUGCUUUAUCCGGAAAUCAUGCCUUGAUGUACAUAAAAGAAUUCACACAGGAGAGAAGCCGUAUCCAUGUUCAGAAUGUGGGAAAUGCUUUAUCCAGAAAGCAAGCCUUGAUCUACAUAAGAUAAUUCACAUAGGAGAGAAGCCAUAUUCAUGUUCAGAAUGUGGGAAAUGCUUUACGAUUAAAUCAAAACUUGAUCGACAUAAAAGAAUUCACACAGGAGAGAAGCCAUAUCCAUGUUCAGAGUGUGGUAAAUGCUUUAUCCAGAAAUCAAGCCUUGAUUCACAUAAAAGAAUUCACACAGGAGAGAAGCCAUAUUCAUGUUCAGAAUGUGGGAAAUGCUUCACCUCGAAAGCAUACUUUGAUGGACAUAAAAAAAUUCACACAGGAGAGAAGGCAUAUUCAUGUUCAGAGUGUGGUAAAUGUUUUACAUAUAAGUCAUAUCUGGUUGGACAUCAGAGAAUUCACACAGGAGAGAAGCCAUAUUCAUGUUCAGAAUGUGGGAAAUGCUUUAACCAGAAAUCAAGCCUUGAUGUACAUAAAAGAAUUCACACAGGAGAGAAGCCAUAUUCAUGUUCAGAGUGUGGUAAAUGUUUUAUAGAUAAAUUCCGUCUGGUUCGACAUCAGAGAAUUCACACAGGAGAGAAGCCAUAUUCAUGUUCAUAAUGCGGGAAAUGCUUUGUCACAAAAUCAAAUUUUAAUCAACAUAAGAGAAUCCACACAUUAGAGAAGACAUGUUGAUGUUUUGUUAAAGAAUAAUGUUUUAUAAAGAAAUUAGUCUUUCAAACCUG